ACGUCGACUAAAGUGAACGAUAAGACAGUGUUUGAGUUGAGUCUCUCAUCGGAAACUGUGGCCCCGUUUGUAGUGUUGGACUUCAAAGCAAACUCUGGAAUUAGGGCUCAAUUCCUGGAAAACGGAUUCUUUAUAUUCUCAGGAAAGAAGACCAUUAAAAUGCAAACGGAAUCCAAAAUCACCGAAAAGGAUAUCAAAGAUAAUCUAACCAUUAAGACACUCACAGAUGCUACAGUCCCGGGAAGUAUAUACUCAGACCUCAGGAGGGAACAGGUCUUAAAACAAGAUUUAUUCUUCGAGAACAAUGACGUCAACUAUCGGUGGGUUGCGUACGAUAACUGGACUUAUGAGCGAACAUUCAAUGUUGACGCAAAUAUCAUAAGCAAAAAGUAUGUGAAUUUGUUGGCCAAUGGUAUCGACACUGUUAGCAGUGUUUACAUCAAUGACCAGUUGAUCGGCAAAACAGACAAUCAGUUCGUGAGGUAUGUGUUUGACGUGAAGAAAGUGUUGAAAUCGGGACAAAACACUAUACGACUGGCCUUUCAAUCGGCGCCUAUUUAUGCCAAACAACAAUCUGACGAUUUCAAGAAAAAAUACAAUUAUACAGUACAACCAGAAUGUAACCCGGAUCAAUAUCAUGGCGAAUGUCAUUUCAAUUUUAUCCGAAAAAUGGCCUCAUCUUUCAGUUGGGAUUGGGGACCGGCGUUUCCAACGGAAGGCAUUUGGAAACCCAUUGGAAUCGAAGCCUUCGAUAAACUAGUGAUUAGAGACAUAACAGUCGAGACAACUCCUGACCAGAAAAACAACUCUUUCUGGGAUUUAACGGUUCAUAUAAAGAUGGAGUCGGCGCCCAAUCAAGAGUUUGAGGGCAUAUUUGACAUCAAAUUAGAUAAUAAUGUUAUUAUAAAAAAAGACAAACUUAAAUUUAAAACCGAUGAGCAGGGAUAUGCUGGCGUGGCCUUUAUAAUCCUUCUCCGUGACAUCAAAAUCACGCCCUGGUAUCCAAAUGGAGUGGCAGACAAUACACAGAAGUUGUAUGACUUGAAUGUCGAGCUAUCGUUUGCCGACAGUAAGGAGGUUUCGACUCAAACCAAGAAAAUUGGUUUCCGAACCAUUAAACUGAUCCAAAAUCCAAUCAAACCGGAAGGCCUUACCUUUUACUUUGAGGUGAACUCGAAGCCCUUCUUCGCGAAGGGAUCGAAUUGGAUUCCAACCAAUGUUUUGAUGGAAGACAUCACUCCCGAGUACUUAAGACAUCUGCUUCUGUCAGCCAAAGAGGCGAACAUGAAUAUGAUGAGAGUGUGGGGGGGAGGGGUGUAUGAGUCCGACCUGUUCUACCAGUUGGCCGAUGAGUACGGGAUUAUGAUUUGGCAGGACUUCAUGUUUGCCUGUGCUUUAUAUCCGGCUAACAAAGAAUUCUUGGAUUCCGUACAAAAGGAAGUGAUAACACAAGUGAGACGCCUUCAACACCACCCAUCCAUUGCCAUUUGGGCCGGUAACAACGAGAAUGAGCAAGGUCUUGUCGGGUGGUGGAAGCCUCGUUUACCACAAUAUGAUGCCGAUUACCGCACUCUAUAUGUCCACACAAUCGGCAAAAUAUUGGACACCGAAGAUGGGACGCGUCCGUACGUGAGCUCCAGUCCCUCUAAUGGCUUGGAGUCCAUUAAGGAGAACUAUACCGCUCAGAAUCCCGAGGAUUCACGUUAUGGUGACAUUCAUUACUACAGCGAUGGGUCCCGACUGUGGGACUGGACUACAUUCUGGAGCCCCAAAUUUGCCUCAGAAUAUGGAUUCCAAUCAUACCCUUCAAUGGAUUCACUUUCUGAAGCCUUUUCUGCCAAAGAGCUGGUCUUCCCAUUGACGCCUACAGUACAGCAUCACCAGCACAAGUGGAAUGAGGACGAGACUAUUGUUCAACAGAUUCGGAGGAAUCGAUAG